AUGAUCCCGGGCGUCCAAUCAGGUUCAGAGAUGACGUCAUUAGUUCACCAGGAAGUGACACUGAAGCAAAACAGAGAGACGGUACCGGCGUUGGCUCUGGAGUAGAACGGAACGGAGAAACCAGUCACAGAGCUAGAGACAGGUCCCUUGAUCUCUCAGGAUGUUCCAUGGGAUUCCAGCAUCAGCCAACAUUGGAGCUCCUGGAAAUAAACCAGAACUGUAUGAGGAAGUGAAGUUGUACAAGAAUGCACGGGAACGAGAGAAGUAUGAUAACAUGGCAGAACUGUUUGCAGUUGUGAAGACCCUGCAGGCCCUAGAGAAGGCGUACAUCAAGGACUGUGUCUCCCCCAGCGAAUACACAGCAGCCUGCUCUCGCCUUCUGGUCCAGUACAAAGCUGCCUUCAAACAGGUGCAGGGGGCUGAGGUUGGAUCCAUUGAUGAUUUCUGCCGGAAAUACCGGCUUGACUGCCCUCUGGCCAUGGAAAGGAUUAAGGAGGAUCGACCAAUCACCAUAAAAGAUGAUAAAGGGAAUCUGAACCGCUGCAUCGCUGACAUUGUGUCUCUCUUCAUCACUGUCAUGGACAAACUGCGCCUGGAGAUCAGAGCCAUGGACGAGAUCCAGCCGGAUUUGCGGGAGCUAAUGGAGACCAUGAAUAGGAUGAGCCACCUCCCACCGGAUUUUGAGGGACGGGAGAAAGUGAGUCAGUGGUUACAGAAGCUCAGCAGUAUGUCGGCCUCUGAUGAACUGGAUGAUUCUCAAGUGCGGCAAAUGCUCUUCGAUUUAGAAUCUGCCUACAAUGCCUUCAAUCGCUUCCUCCAUUCCUAAUUCUCGAACUCUUCUUCUCGUCUUGCUGCCCAUCCAAUGGCUCCUAGAGUCUCUCAUAGUGACUUAUACAACCAGCCUUCCAACUUGACUGAUAGUGACAUCACUCACUCAGCCUCCUAACUUGACUUAUAGUGACAUCACUCAUCCCAUCAGCCUCCCAACUCAUCACCCUUGUUCACACCGACUAGUCUGGCAUUUUACUUCACAUAAGAUUCUGUAUUCUGUUGUAUUAGACUGGUGUCGAUGAGAUCAGCCCUCCCUUCAUUUGAUAUACUGUAGAUUCAGAUGAAAUGGAAAUGUUAUCAUGUCUGUUGCUUGUCCUUUAUGGGGGCAAUAAUCUGCUUUAAUUUAGUUCUAGGCCAUUUCAUUGGUUUACCCAGGCAAUUGGUACCAAACUUGAAAGGGAUUCCAUAUCUCUGUAUCUCCUACACUAACUGUGCCAUUGUUUCUCCAACCUCAUUAAAGUUAUUUAUUACAA